AUAUUCCCAUUAUCUGUGAAGUGCUGCACCCAUUGCUCCACUUCAUGUGAAAAACUUCAAGUAGUUUAUUCUUAGGUCCUUGAUUUUUCUAUAUAUUGGCUCUAUUAUAAGAUGUGUAAUAUACUCGGAUAUAAAAGAAGGGAGAAAGUAUAUAUGAAGAUGAAAACUAGUAGUAUUACAAAUUCUACGUUUGUAUUACUUACUUGUUUUUCGAUGUUGUUGUGCAUCUCUCAACUGGCUAACGUUGUUGUCUGUGAGUGUAGCAGAAAUAUGGUGAUCUUCAAUUUUGGAGACUCAAACUCAGACACAGGUGGUUAUUGUGCUGCCCAUGGAAUCAGAUUUGGAUAUCCAGAUGGUCGUUCCUUUUUUCAUGAUCAGCCAUCUGAUAGAUUAUGUGAUGGACGAUUAAUUCUUGACUUUCUUUGUGAAAGUCUGAACAUGAGUUAUUUGAAUGCAUAUCUGGAAUCUGUAAGACCAAAUUUUAAGAACGGAGAAAAUUUUGCAAUAGGAGGUGCAACUAUACUCCCCAAAAAUGCUUUAUUUACUCUGAGUACUCAAGUUCUUCAAUUUAUAAGGUUCAAAGCGCGGUCCCUUCAGUUACAAUCCAUAGGUCUGAAAGACUUGGCCGAGGACGAUUUCAAGAAUGCAAUUUACAUGAUAGACAUAGGACAGAAUGAUAUUGCAAAUGCAUUCUCCUACCUUUCACAAGCUUCUCAAGUUCUCGAAAAGAUCCCUUCUUUCAUAUCUGAGAUUCAAGCUGCAGUCUGGGGCAUAUACAAUCGUGGUGGGAAAAAUUUCUGGGUUCAUAACACGGGACCCUUGGGUUGUUUGCCACAGAGGCUUGCGACAAGAAAUGUUAGUAAUUUGAACGAUUUGGAUGAUUAUGGAUGCAUUAAGUCUAUGAACGAAGCUGCGGAAACAUUUAACAAUCAGUUGCGCGCUCUUUGUGAACAGCUGAGGCUCCAAAUGAAUGACGCAACCAUUGUGUACGUGGAUAUUUAUGCCAUCAAGUAUGACCUCAUCGCCCAUUCGAGCGCUUAUGGUAUUCAAAAUCCAUUGAUGGUGUGCUGUGGUUCUGGUGGUCCGCCUUACAACUAUAAUUCCAAUAUAACGUGUCGCCAAAGUGGGUAUAGUUUGUGUGAGGAAGGCUCUGCAUAUAUCAGCUGGGAUGGAGUUCAUUACACUGAGUAUGCUAAUGCAAUUGUUGCCUCCAAAAUACUCUCUACAAACUAUUCCACUCCUCCUCUUGACUUGCAUCACUUUUGUACCUAGAAAUUCCUACUACUAUUUAAUAAGCUGUUGCUACUUCUUUUCUCUGUUACCGUUGUGAGUGACCAAUCAAAUAACUUUGUCAAACGUAUCCAAUGCAAUAUAUAUUUCUUGAUGGAA